AUGAACGUCCUUCAGGGACUGGGCAGAAUUGCUCAUCAAUCGUUGCGAAGAAAUAUCUGCACAUCACUGGCACGCCGGUCAACAUAUGAAGGCGAUGGCAAAACAUCGGUAACGAUCCUGAACAAGGAGGCAGAUGCCGGGCUCAUGAUCAACUCCUACAGCCAGUUUGGGUUCCGGCUUAACAACGAUAUGGUAGUGAUCGGUCCGAUGGCCAUCUUCUCCCGCACGGUGCUAUCGUGGAACGUUGAAAGUCACGAGGACAUAAACGACCAAUCGUUAAGUUUGUUCUGUGCGAUUGAGCCGAAAAUUGACGUGCUCGUGGUGGGAAUUGGCGAUAAUACGAUAACGCCCUCGUUUUCCAAAAAGAUCAUCGACUUCAUGAAGCGCUACAAGAUUAAUGUGGAAGUGCUCGGCACAGAGCAGGCCUGUUCGACGUUUAAUUUCCUUAACGCAGAGAAUCGUGUCGUUGGCGCGGCACUCAUCCCUCCGAUGACGAUGCGUUUAAAUGAGGAUGAUUUAAUGCGCAAACAGAUGUCGAUUAGCCCAUCGUUUGAGCUAACGGACAAAUAG